UCGCACCACGUUUUCUGUUCCAUUCUGUUGUGAUGGCUGAGAACAGCGGUUCGAAGCGCGAUGAGAAAGCUCAACGCAACGCUGAGCGUGUUUCCAACGGCGCAGGAGAUGGAAUACAGUCGAGUGAUGCAGCAUCGCCAGGGAGCCCACAGAAAGCUUCUCGGGAAGCAUACAUCGCAGCGCUGAACCAGUGGCUGUGGCAGUGCUACCACUGGCAGUGUUUCACGGCGGCACUGCCAUACAUCGCAGCCCAAGCGGCAAGCCAGAACAGAAGCGCAUACGAGACCGUUGACAUCAAUCGAAACCUACCGAGGACUUUUAUCGCAAACCAAAAUUUGGUUGGUGGACAGAGAGUGCAGCGACCGAACGCCCCACCCAGACUGGGACACGAGUUCAAGCUGCCACCUCUGUGGAAGCGAUUCGCAGCAGAAGUUCUGGACUCCUUCAUCUUGCUGUUUGUAAAGUUGCUGGUGACGUAUAUUGCCGUCGACUUUUUUGACAUCAUAGAUCUUGAUAAAUACGAUUUCGACUUACUUCGAGAGGACACCCUGAACUAUAAGUUGGCCUUGGAGGUCACCUCAGAGAUCGUAGCCCUGGAAGUUAUCCACCGGAUACUUGUCUGCUUCUAUGAGACCAUCUGCCUGCACAAGGGUAUUGACUCCCCAGGAGGACGGACCCCAGGCAAGGGAGUCUUUGGACUGAAGGUCGUCUCAUGCGCUAGCAUAGAAGAGAUUGGAGGGCGCCGCAUCAGAGUAUACCCGGCUGGGGACAUUGGACUAGGCUGGGCUCUGCUUCGGUCUUUCGUCAAGAACUUUACGAUGGCGUUCCUUUUCCCCGCCUGCCUGACAAUCUUCUGUUUUCAGCAUGGCCGGGCAGCCUAUGACGUCCUCUGCAACUGCAUCGUCGUUGAAGAGCUGCCUCCUCAGAACCGUUGAGAUGAUGUGCCGCCCCAUGCUGCUCACUCGACAAUGAUGCACUGCUUGCAGGAACCAUCUUUGCUAGCACAACACAUUCUGGCCUUUGUUGUUUACAUAUAGUACAUAUACAUAUAUAUAAAUCAGCGAACAAGAGAAGAAGAAGAAGAUCCCAGUUUAUUUUUACACCCAGAAUGUUGGCUCAUCAUUUGGGAAUGUGUGCUUCGCAUGUACGUGCAGCAUAUUUUAGCUCACAUUUGUUCGUCAUCAGUUUGGUCAGUAGACCCCUCUCCCAAUUCACAAGUGCUAUUCCCCACAGUACACUUUGAAGCAACUAGUGGCAGCAAUGGGCCAUAGUAUGAAAUAAGAUGAAGGGACCAACAGGGAUCGGGCAAGCGAAGUCUCAGCUUGGAGCCAAUGUUUUGACAAGGGGCUUGUCUCUGUCAGGGCAACAACUGCUUUCCUUACCACCAUUUAAAUCCCCUUCAGGUGCCAAUUAAUUCUGUCCAUUAAAAAAUUUAGUUUCGCCACAUUUCAGUUUAUUAUCUUAAAGACCCACAAUAAAAGAGGUAUUAGAUAAGGGGUGGAUACAUAGGCUAUAUACAGAUAUGUUCACACUGUUUGCACUUUUGCAAUUGUUCAAAGCAUACUGCAGCAGAACAGAUUAAAAGUAUUCCUUUCUUAGUCGAGCUUGUCAAGUUUGCAGAAUAUGGACUUCAUGCGUGAACUCUCUAAAGGAACAUCAGGUAGGAGAACAUCGACCAUUACAUGUCCAGCAAGCUUUAAAAGCUUAUGUCUAGUCAGCUGUAAAAUAUGCCUGAUGUAUGAAAAAAAAUUGUCAAACAAUGAAAUUAGUGAAAUGCUACAUGAUUAAUACUGGUAGCAGAAGCAAACGCUCGGGACUUUCCAUCUCUUUUCACAAAAACGCAUUAUCAUUAAAUGAACACAGUAUGUAAACUUGCAGCAAACGUUCAUUCAGAAGUGUCUCGAGACAUAUAGGCACUUUUUAAACAUAAUUAUUUUCAUCAUCGCUAUUGCUUUUGAGGUGCAAUCUAGGCAUGUGUGAUUGUGUUCACAGUGCCUAAAGAUGGCAAAGCUCACUACCCCCCCCCACCCCCUUUUUUUUAUUACCCCUCAUCUCCCUACUGUGAGAGGAGGAGUAGGUGCAAAAAGUGAGUAGUUGUGACAACAAAAAGACUCAGGGGUGUGCCACACGUUUUUCCAGGAAGUAAAUGUCACUCCUUUGUUUGGAAGAAAGUGCAGGAGCUGUUACUGAAAGCCAGGCGUGCUAAUACAGACGCAAGAACAAACAGGACAAUAGAAAUGCUGACUAACUCGAAGGUCGCACAAUGGUGAAAAGGAAGGAAGACUCGAAACUUAUCUGCACAUGCUCAAAGGAAGGAAGGCAGUGACGACACAUCAAUACUGGACUCAUGUAGGCACUCGCGAAAGAUGCUGUUUAGGCAUGACAACUCUUAUUUGUGCAAGAAGAUAAUAGAGGGCCAACUUACGCACAUGUUACUACUGCUACCGGUAUGCCAUGCCGAGACAAAAGGCAAACAUUUUCUCUCUUGCGUCUGAACAAAGCUAUACUGUCUGCAAAUUUUAGAGUACACUUUGCAAUUUCAGUAACCUGGAUUCCUUCCUACUUACUCAACUUUCAGUCAUUCUAACUUGCACAAAUGGAGAGUGAUCGAUACAAAGGUUGCCAAGGAAAGUAGUCGUUGCUCUGAUGAGGACUAGUCCAUUUGUCGAAAUGUUGUCUCCGGGCUGAGGCCUCCCUCGUUCGACCACUGUUGGUCGCAUCAAAUCUCCAAUCAUCCUGUGAAAAACCCGAGAUGCAGCGUGACGAAGCUGAAGUAAAAACACACCGCAAGAUACUGCUUUGCUGUCGCACGUGAUUUUGUUGCUGGAGCCACGUGGGUUUAUCUCUCCUCCUAAAGCACCCCAUCUAUGUGUAUCACUGCUCAUCUGAAAUGUGUCUACGCCGCCAUUAGCUUGGCAAAGUGCCUUGAGGGAAGGCUGGGCUGACAAUUGUGAAAAGGGUCUGUAGUGAAUGCCGGCAGAAAAAAAAAAUAUUUUGACCCCCUUCUAGAGCAAAGCAUAUUUAUCUGAGCAGCUGGCUCAUUAUUGUGAGUCGUUGGCCGUCUUGCUUCCGGCAAGUUGAGAUCUGUUCGCAACUAUUUAAGUCGUUGUGGCGGCCCUAUGAGAUGCGCAGAAAUGUGUGCAUCCCACCAAGAACAAUAGCUCACUAGUGUCUGCAUCUACUAUUUCUCUUGACUCUCCAAAGUGCCAUGCAGCUGCGUCUCGCAAAGUAGGCCACAAGCAUUGCUCACAAAAACGUUUCCUUAGAUUAGCUGGAAAGCUCUCGCCUACAUUGCAGAAAGCAGCUAUUGUUACCAAAAACACCCUCUUUUCUGCUUGUAUACCUCUCCUUAGUAGCAUAUGACUAUUUCAGAGUUUUCAGUUGAAACUAACUAAAGGCAUUCACUUAUGCUUUUUAGUGGACUCGUUAGUGGUUGCUGUUGUACAUUGUCACUACUGUAACAUGUCUGGAGGGCCGGACUUUGCUUUAAAUGGUGUGUGUGUGUGUGUAUGGCAUUGAUGUUGUAACACAGUGUUGGUUGUUUGCUGCAAGCAUUUUUCCCUCCACUCUGACUGCCUUGGAAGUAUUAUGGUUGUGCAAUGUUGCAGCAUCCUCUGCAGAAAUAAAUUCUGUGAACAAAAUGGUGAUGUAUUUCAUAGCUCUAGCUGCAUUUUAUUUUUUUUUUAACCUCAUGUGCCAUAGUACCGGGCAUUCUGCGUAGAGGUACGUGUGAAUACCGCAUUUUCACGUAAAUAACCCACAGCAAAUGUGCUUUGUGUUGCGGUUUUGCCACGACUAAACGGCAACGAAAUCGGCGUUGGCCAAACACCUAAAGCAAAAUGGUUUCUUGUACUUUGAUUCGUGAUGACGAUUCUGCUUGGUAAGGCUUAUACACAUGCAGCCUUGUUGAGCUGGUCAUUGUCCCGGCAGAUUUUUUGAAAACUGCUUUUCUUGGAAAUGUGAUUGGUGCGAGUGUUAUGCAUGGGUGGGUUAUGCACGUGAGAGUGCAGUAGUGUUCCCCAGGGCUUUCGGUAUUUUACUUGUUCUCUGCGACAUGCUGCCUCCAAGCACAGACACGGAAUUCCUGGGUAAAGAAAUUUUCUGUGAUUGCAGCCGAUAACUUUGGGAGCUGUUGCCAUCAACUUUGUGAAGGAACAAUGGGAGAGUUGCCAGAACUCAUGUUCGAUGUCUAAAGGAACACUCUUCUUCAAAUAUGGCUACCCAUCUUAUCCUGGCUUUCUUGCUCCUGCAUUUUCAAUUUGGCUUUCCAGCCAUCACAUGGCAGUUUCAUGUUCUUGAGUUAUCUUGGGAAAGGUGCGGAGUGAACAGAACUUGUGACAGGUUUCACUCAAGUACGCUGAGGGGUGUGCACAGGCACCCAGAUAUACUCGAGUUGCUUCUGGUAAGGGGCUUAAAAAGAGUAUUUCACAUACAACUGUAACAAUAAUAAGAGUAAGUGAUUUAUUAACCAAGCGACACACGUCCUAGCUUAAAGCUCUUCUACUUGCUGUGUAGAAAAAGAAUGUCAAGAAAUUGUCUGCAUGGAAAUUUUCAUUUCGCCCUAUUAUUGCGAGUGUCGACAUUGACGGCAGGCGAUUCAAAUAAUUGUGUAAAUUAAAAAAAAAUUCACAAAAUGAGCUCUGCACGUUUUCUGUGCAAAGGUCCUUGUUGUCCGAGAAAAAAAUUUUAUGCUACAUUCUGGCAUGGUAAGAAAUGAUUAUGAAUGGUGGAUCUAGUUGCCCAAAAUUUUUUGCUGUGCAAUUUUUGGUGUGCAAAUGCCUUUUCUGUGCUUAUUUUGUUGUAAACAGUACGCUAUAUCAUGACGUGAAAUAACUUCAGAAUGACAUCGCAGUUACCGAAAGUAUGUUUUCUGGCCCAACUUGUGACGUUGCUGGUAGUGUGUAUGUAGGAGCUCAGAUUUAUGUUCGCAGGAAUAAGUUCUGUAAUAAUUACCUGGCAUAGUAUUGCAUAACGAGAUGGAUUGACAUAAAAAAAAACACCUUUGUUAGAAGUAUGUCACGGCUCGCAUACAUGACCAGAAGGAACUAUGCUAAUACAUUGAAAUUCAAAUAGUUCAUUUGCCAUCCUUAUUUGCCAUUUACCAUUCUGCCAUCUGCGAUCAGAAGAGGCUUUUUAUUGAUCCACAUUGUUUUUAUGCAGCGCAGAUGACACGAGGAGAAAUCGUGUCGAGAUUUCUUUAUUUUCCUUGUUCUUGUGCCGUCUGCACUGUACAACUAAAAUUCAGAGGGAACUAGCCAAUAACAAGGAGAGAUGUUUGACCUUAUGUGGCGUAGCAAGUCAAGGCAUUUAGUUUGUGUGGAAUUUAGUUAGCCAUGGCAGCAUUCACACGGACCAGCCUUGGUGCUCCAUUCGAGGUUGUUUAGCUGCAUCAGCUUGUCAGUUGUGAUGGCAAUAUUUGGCUCUGGAUGAUCACAUGCACUUGCUUGCAGUGAGCCGUUUUACGACGGUCACUACACUGCGAAAAUAGUGUCAGUUGAUAACAGAAGUGCUCGACAAAUGUACUAAGAAAAUUGUAAAGAAAAGUGGAAGUGUUAGUACACUUGCAGUUCACUGAAUUGUGCUAUAGAUUCUGCGCAAAGCCUGAUAUCAUAACUUGCUCAAUGUCCUGCACCGUGCUACCUUUGUUUUCCUAUAAAUAUUUUAUUCACAGUUCGCUUCAACGUAGAAAAUCUGAUGACUAUAGAAGCAUAUAAUGUAAAUGUCUAAUGUAGUGUCGGUAAAGCUUCAGCUCCAAUGCAUUAAUGCGAGAGCAUAUAGCAGUGCAUUUCAUGGUUUUGAUUGGUACACUUGCAAUUAAAAAAAAAAAAAAGCUCAGGCACUGUAUCAGUUUUGUUAUAGGUGCUCUGAAUUCCAAGUCCUACAUCAGGCCCUGAAAUGUGUUGGCAGUGCUGCACAUUCUUUGGUGUCUAAUGUAUCUCCUGUCCCCAUCAUUACAAGUCAUGCCGGGCCCUAUGCAGUGCAUGCAACAUCCGCGAUGCUGUACUUAUUGUGACACCCACAAGGCUAUUUAUUUUGUUGAUGUGCUUGCAAACAUCCUCGUUAAGAAAGUAUACCAUUGAUGAUUUUCUUCCUACAUGACUUAACAUCUUCCAAGACGUAACAAGGUCGGCGUGAGAGAAUGAAUGAAAGACUGCUGGAGAUUCAAGUGUACCAUGUUGUGGGUGCUUCCUGACCCUCUUAGUAAAAUCCAACGAUUCUAUCAGCUUUCUUCAAUCACAGACACAAGUCACAUACUCCGUGAACUUUUAUUUUUCACAGCACACUCGCGAAACAUGCACAGUGCGUGAGAUUGCUUAUUGCUUGAGAGAAAAAGUAAUCGCAUUUGCGGGAAGACAGCAAUGCACAUGUUACAUGUUGAAACAGAACUGUCACUUUCAUUGCAAGUAUGCUUUUAUGUGGAGUGGAGUUUACCAACACUUGAAUUGAGAGCUGGAAAUGUGGAGACUUCUCCUGUGUGUAACGCAUUUUUGUU